CUUGACCAACACGCUCACGGCGGGUGCAGGCAGCCGCCCGCUGGGCAGUUCCUCCUUGUUACGCUGGGCAAUCGCCCGUUCCUAGCAGGUAGAGGGCGAUCACAAGGGCUCCCUCGAGGGCGCGAAGUUAUUCGCGCUUCGCGCUUCGCGGUCCUCGUUCCUCCUCCCCCUCCUCCUCGUCCUCCUCUUCUCCCCUUUGGGGGGGCGGCGCGAGAGCGCGAAGUUAUUCGCGCUUCGCGCUUCGCGCAGCGCGAAGCGCGAAGUUGGGAGCCCUAGGAUCACCACCCGAGGAGGAUGCACGUCUGCGUUGAGGUGCGUGGUCAUCGACCGUUGGUCACGGCGUUGUUCGCAGACGCUUCAAGCUUUCGACGAGGCACAUCUGUCUCUGGCUCAGGCCUUUUGGGCCCAAGUUUGCCGCAUCGCAGCGCGCACCCCCCAGUCUUCGAAGAGCUGAAGCCAAGUCCACUGGAAUGGCGUCGCCUCGCUCCGCCGUCCUGACCGCGUCCGUGCUGCUCGCGUGCACCGCCCUGAUGGCUGCCUUCGUGCCCUCGCCAGUGGCGUCCCGCCCCGCGGCGCAGUCCGUGCCAGCGGCGGCGCUCAGCGCGACGGCACUCGCGGCGCCCACCGCGGCUUACGCGGCGGAGGGCUCAAGCGUGUGGAUCCCGGCGCUGUCUGCAGUGGGCGCGGGGUUCGCCAUCGGCCUCGCCGCCAUCGGGUCGGGCGUCGGCCAGGGCAUCGCCUCUGGCCGCUGCAUCGACGGCAUCAGCCGCCAGCCCGAAGUCGCCGACGAUCUUCGCGGAGUUCUGCUCCUGUCCCUGGCCUUCAUGGAGUCGCUGACGAUCUACGGGCUCGUCAUUGCGCUCGUGCUGCUUUUCGCCAACCCGCUGAUCAAGUAGGCCGAGGAUCCAGGAUCAGAGGUGAGUUGGAUGCCUUUUCUGAGGGCGGGACAGUUUGAUGAGACUCCGCGGAUGUGGGGGAGCGAAAAACAAAUCGACGAGGCACUACAUGCGGCGAGCGCGCCGCCAGCUGGACGUUCGACGGGCCGUCGCGAGGUGUCGUUCUCCGCGCGGCUGGCUUGUCUUGUGGCUGUCUCGUUCGUUCGGCUCGCAGCCUCGUGUCCUCGUUGGCGGUCUCGUGUCCGCGUUCGGCUCACGGUCUCGUCUCUGCGUCGGCGCCGUGCGGUCCGCGUUUCGGUCGUUGUCUUGCCGGCUGGUUGUCGCUGGUUGUCUGCGGUCGCC